UGCUCAAAGUGGUUGAAAACCUUGGUGUGAGCUACGUGAGAGGUAAUGAGGUAUACAAAACUAAGCUGGUGGGUGAGCUCCGGAGACUAAAUUUUUCUCUGAGAGCUUUGGCUGAGGAUGAUUAUGAAGCAAGAAGAAAAGACCAUAUAUCUCAUUUCAUACUACGCCUUGCUUACUGUCAGUCUGAGGAUCUCAGGCGUUGGUUUCUUCAACAAGAAAUGGAUCUCUUGCGAUACCGCUUCAAUGAACUAACUGACAGUUUAACACAGAAAUUCCUGGAACACGUUAACUUAUCAUUUGAAGCUAUUAGUGAAGAUAUGAAAAAUGAAUUGGCAAAUGAGCUGCUUGCAUCAACCCCUGGCUUCACUAUGACUAAAGUAAAAGAACAAAUGUUCUAUAAGGUUGGACUUGCAGAUGCUGUGGAUCUGUUUAGAGCCAGAAGAGUGUUUAUUAAAGACGGCUUUGCAUAUGUGCCACUUAAGGAUAUCGAUGCAAUUGUUUUGAAUAACUACAGAACAAAGUUAUCUAAAGCACUGGCAGUAA